AUGGCCCAAUCCGAAUCCAAGCGCCUCCUCCGCGGCAGUCGCAAGAAACGAUCAACCGUCUACGCCCCCGCCCCCGCGACCGACGUUUCGCUGGAGAAACUCGGCGCAGCCACCCGCGCCAGCUACAAGCCCUCAUCCAAGCGCGGACCCAGCGGCGGCAGCGGUCUCUUCUACUCCCCGACUGCCGGUGGUGCGGGCGCGGCGGGAGCAGGAUCGCAUCAUAGUCUCAAUGCGACGACGAAUAAUCGUGGCUCGACAUACCUGCCUCCCGGGUUCUACACUGCUGCCGGUAAUAACUCGACGUCGAGGGACUCGAUUGGUGGUGCGCCGAAUACUAGCGGAGGAGGAUACCCGCCUAACAGUUCGUCCCCGUCCCUGCCACCGACUGGUCCCGGUGCUGGUGCGGGUACAUACUACGAUGCGCAGCAUAAUGCGCGCCAGUCGUAUGUUGGUGCGUCGACUAGCUCGUUGAAUCUUAGUCAAGCGCCGCAGCAGGGCCGGGCACCGAGUGCGUAUUUGGAAGAUCUUUUUGAGAAUCAUAGCUCUCCGCCGCCGCGCCGAUCGGAUCGGCGUGAGAGGUAG